UUCCAAUCUAAAAAGACCAAAAAGUCACUCAGAAUGGACGAAAAUGACGAGACAAUAGAGUCUGACUCUGCUGAUGGACUGCCAGACAUUGUUCCAGAAAAGUCCAAACCACAGAUGGACGCUGAAAUCAUAAUAUGCCAUCUGUGCAAUAAACCGUACGGUAAUGUCAGUCUGUUUCAUGCACACCUGAAGAAUGUGCACAAGGUGAAUGCUAGAGGCGAACGCGUAGCCAGCUAUCCCUGCAAGGAAUGUUCGUGGAUAUUCAAGACAUUGUCGAGUUUGCGGCGACAUACCGCCAACAAGCACCCGAAGCAGGACCAACCACGGUUCAACUGCGGUCACUGUACGUACAACACCACUGUGCUCUACUACCUCAAACGACACAUAUUGAAGCAUGAAAACGACGAAGCAAAACUGUUCCCGUGUGCCUACUGCGAGGCUAGGUAUGACAAUGUAGAGUCCUUGAACAGACACAUCAAAUCCAAAAGACAUGAACGGCGAAAAAAUAUCAACUACAACAAGAAGUGCCCCAAGUGCGAUUUCGUCUCCACCAAAAAGCUGACCGACGAGAUCCAUGACCACUUCAGGAAAGUGCAUCACAUACCGAUCAGCUGGCAAUCCUUCACUUUCAGCUGUGAGGAUGACUUCCUCGACUGGAAACAGAAUCUAGAGAUGUCCACUUCGAUGCAGUACCGCACUAACUACAAUACAGCCAUGUAUUAUGUGUGCAAUCUAUCCCACAACUAUGUAAAAAAUCGACAAAACGGCAACAAAUUCUCGGGAGGGUAUUGUCCCUCGGCGAUCGGUGUUCGGGUGAAAGAGAACGGGCAGUAUUGUGUCAGUUAUAUGCCCUGUCAUGUGGGACAUUAUGAGGUUUACGAGUGUGUGACGUCAUCGAUAGAUUGUCGAAAAUCUGACGACUGUCGAUCGAAUGAUGACCAGUUGGAUCGUGGAAAACUGGACGACUUUCGAUCGACCGAUGGGUUAGAUCGUGGAAAACUGGACGACUUUCGAUCGACCGAUGGGUUAGAUCGUGGAAAACUGGACGACUGUCGAUCGAAUGAUGACCAGUUGGAUCGUAGAAAACUGGACGACUUUCGAUCGACCGACGAGUUGGAUCGUAGAAUGUCUGACGAUUGUGAUGUUGCUGAAGCUGUUAGACAUAUACAAACAAACGACGAAGCAGAUAGACAUCUACUUACAGGCGAGAAUGAUUCAAAUUAUAGCAGAGAAGCCGGGGGAAAUAGCGACAGUGAAAUGGAAGAUGAUGAGGAUUCGGUGCUAGUGGUGGGGGCUGAUAGUGCACUGAUAAACAGUAUUAUAGGUGUGAACAGUAGUGACGAUAUAGCGGGAAAAUCUAAGGGAAGCUACAACGAUUGGGUGGAGAAAAUGAGAUGUGAUAGUGAUCUACUAAAUAUUAGAAAAACGUUGAAUCUGAAGGAACCGGAGGUUAAUGUUGCAAAGAUGAGAUCUGAUGUGGGAAAUAUUAUAAAUGCUGUAAAUUUUGAUAGUAAAACAGGGGAGCCUGAUGAGACUGAUACAAACUUUAGAAGUGAUAAUGAUGUGGGGAAUACUGGAAAAAAUGUAAUUAUUGAUGCAACCAAGAACUCCGUGAGCAAUUAUAGAUAUUGGAUGGAAAAACUACGAUCUGACCCAGAUAUGCAAAGCAUUAGGAAUACGUUGAUUAUUAGAGUAGAUGAGCCUAAGGGAAAUGAUCAAAAUCUGGAAGGAGACGUUGUGCGAAAUGAUGAAACUGUGAGAGUUGAUAGAAAGGAAUCUAACAAAGAUUGGGUUAGAAAACUGAAAAAUGAUGCAAACACAAGUCUGUUUUAUUUUAAACCUUUAAAAGUGGUUAGUCGUCAGUUUCCAAAAUUGAAAAUGGACGAUUGUGUGUUGAUUUACAUGAGUGGAACACAAAAAUCGAUUUUGGAAGCCUGUGGGAGAAAUGUUAUUUGUGUAGAUAAGGGAUGUCUGGUGAACGAUGAGAAAAAUUUAAAACUUUUCGUAAUUUCAGUGAUUGAUAGUUGUAGACGAGUUGUUCCGGUCGCGUUUAUGUUCACUAAUAGUUGUGAUUUUAGUUUGGUUAUGAGUAUUUUCUUCCGUAAAGUGGAGGAGCACUGUGGCUGUUUGACACCCCGAUUAUUUAUGUCGGAUAUUGAAGGAAGUGUCUACUCCACAUGGUGUGAGAUCAUGGGAACUCCAAAGAUGCAGAUUUUCCCCACAGCUAAUGUCUCAGAAGCUUGGGAAAAUAAUUUGAGCAAGAUAAACGUUCUCGAGAAGAGAGAGUACGUGUCUGGUGCAUUGAAAAGUCUGCUAUAUGAAACUGAUAAAGAAACCUUUCAUAAGUUGUUGGAAGAGUUUCUGGGGUAUCUGGUAAAUGAUGUCUCUUGUCUGGGAUAUUUAGAAUAUUUUCAAGAUAAUUUCGUCGAAAAUAUGUGCUACAAAAAUUGGGCUCACUGUUACAUCGACAAUUUUUGUUUUGAUGAACCUUUGGAAAGGUUUCGACAGAAUUUUUUGCAAGCGUGUUGUGGUGAAGUCAAGCCACUAAAGAGUUUCCACGAAAUCUUCAGUGUUUUCUUCAAUUUUUCUCAGAGAAAAAUUUCGGAAUGGUAUGUUGAAAUUGAGAAGCGUAACUCAAUCAGACAAAGACACAAGAAAAGUUUGUUAAUACCUUCAGCAAUUUUGGUGAAAAUCGGAGGUGAUAAUUGGGAAAUUAUGUCAGAAACUGGGAAAACGUUCUACUCUGUGAAGAAAGCUGAUAACUGUAAUGUAAAAUGUAAGUCGCUGUGCACUCGUUGUAAGAGCUGUUUACAUGAGUUUGUAUGCACAUGUGAGGAUUAUGUAAGCGGCAAGAACAUGUGCAUACAUGUUCAUUUGGUUGCUAGAAGUUUGCUUGGUUCAAAACGAGGUACUGUCAGGGAAGAAACAUUUUUCGAUACUCAAGCAACUAGAGAUAGAAGAGUUGUAUCACAAGAUAAGAAACGAAGUAAAUCUGAUAGUAGUAGAUAUAAAUCUAGGAAUGAUACACUUGCUUCUCGUAAUGAUACACUUGUAUCUCGUAAUGAUACACUUGUAUCUCGUAAUGAUACACUUGCAUCUCGUAAUGAUACACUUGUAUCUCGUAAUGAUACACUUGCAUCUCGUAAUGAUACACUUGUAUCUCGUAAUGAUACACUUGUAUCUCGUAAUGAUACACUUGCAUCUCGUAAUGAUACACUUGUAUCUCGUAAUGAUACACUUGUAUCUCGUAAUGAUACACUUGCAUCUCGUAAUGAUACACUUGUAUCUCGUAAUGAUACACUUGUAUCUCAAAAUGAUACCCAACUAGUUGUAAGUGAAGAAAUAAUCGAAAAUGUUGUAAAUUUUGAACAAUUAGUUCAGGAAAUAGAUCCCAACGAAGUUACUGUUGUGUUGGAAGAAGUUAGAUUCAGAGAUAAAUUACAGAAAUUUGUAGAUUAUUGUCAGGAUGGCUUAAAGAGUAGGAAGCAGAUUGCAUACUUGGAGAAAGUUAUGGAGCAGGCUAUGUGUCAUUCUGAUUCAAUACAUUGAUUCAAUACAUCACCAACUGCUUAUUAUUAAAUCACCUUUUUCUAUUAAAAUUAAGAUUUUUCCAAUAAAUAAAUUAAUCACUCACUGUGACAACGAGAUCUUUCGGCAGGUCCGCCAUCUUCCUGGUUGUACUCUUAGACAAAAAUCUGAGUGCUAGUCGUUCUUUUUAAUAGCAAAAAGUGAUUUAGUAAUAAGCAGUUCGUGAUGGAAAACAACAUUGCAGAAUUCAAUAUAUUUUUGAAGCAACCUCAAAUUACUUUACUGUAAACUGAAUACGUUUUGUCUACUUGUAAUAGUGAAAUAACUAGUCUCGCAAUCCUUGAGCUGCUUUUAGACAGGGUAGGUGGAGAUGGCAAAUUACUGACGGCCAAUACUUUUUACUUUCCUUGCCCUAUUACCAUAGAAAGGAAAGUAUUACUUUCCGAAAAAAAUUAAGGUACCCAAAUU